CAUCAAAUCUUCGAUCUAGUAGACAUGAAGCGGGAUAUUAUUAAAAAAUUCGGUUUCACUCUUCUCUGGUACUGCCAACUCUGGACAGUUAGUGUAACUCAGUCAUCUACCGGAGGUGGUGUUCUCCAAAUCGAAUGGAGCUAUUCAAAUCCGGAAUCCAGGCUGGACAAUGGGAACACCUGCGAUCGACAUCUGAACAGCCAGUGCGAUGUUUACUUUGAACUAUGUCUGCGAAACGCUGCCUCCCUGUCAAAUGAAAGGUGCCACCUGUUGCAGCAUGUGACUCGGACCCAUGAAAAUACUGAUCAGUUUAGCGUGACUGGAGAUGCGGCAAUCAAGCUAACCAUCCCCCGACCAGUACCGAAUUCCUACACUUUCGAAAUGAGUAUUCGUGACGAGGAUUACUUCCCGACCUACGAAAUAAUUGGGAACUUCAUUGCUGAAAAUAUUCAUAUAACACCAAACGCAGGUUGGAAGACUAUUGAUAUGGUAAAUGUGAGCCCGCACAAAAAAAAUCCAAAGCUCAGUUUGAAAGUCACAAUGAAACUGAAUUGCAUGGAGCAUUUUUACGGUAACCACUGCAUGGUUGAAUGCAAUCCAGUUCCGUUCAAGUUCGAGUGCGACAUAAACGGGAACAAGAUCUGUUUUCCAGGUCUAACGGGGCCCAAUUGUGAAAGGGAAGAUUCCUGUUUCUUUGAACCGUGUGCACGAAAUGCGACGUGUCACAACCGGGAAGAUCGGAAAGGACGAAUUUGCGUAUGUAACGGACGAGAAAGCCCAGAAUGUUACCCGGACUAUGAUCCGUGCUCCACGUUGCCCUGUCAAAAUGGUGGUGAAUGUCAUGCCGUGGGCAUCUAUAAUGAAAGUUUUCGUUGUAACUGUACCGAGCCCUGGACCGGUCACCGCUGCAGCGAAAGACGAUUGGCCUGUCUUGAGGCAGCUAAAGAACGAAGUGAAACUUUGGGAACAAACUCUUCUGAAGUAUGUCUCAAUGGAGGAAAGUGUUUGGAGUACACAGAUAAAUUCGCCUAUAGAUGCCACUGUGAGGAAGGGUGGUCAGGAGACCAUUGUGAAGAAACGGCGAGUAAAUCAGUGAACUGGCUUUUUAUCGGAGGGAUAUCAUUCUUUGGGAUUUUACUGGUCGUCCUAACAAUGAUCGUUACACUGACGCUGUUCUGGAGGCAUCGAUCAAUAAUGAGAAAGUUAGACACCUUCAGCGGGCGUGGUGGAAUUAUCUACUAUCACAACAACAGAGACUCAACAGCCACCGUGUGCAGCACAGUACCUGUACUUCAGUGUCCAACUAACGAGCUGUAUGGUACAUGGCGUCAGAAUGGUCAGGCACUGCUUCCGCCACCAAACAAUGAGUUUGUUUCUAAAGCGCAUCUCAAUGGUGUGUACGAUGAAUGUGAUCCGUUCGGUGUCUAUACUAAAACAGGUCAUCCUGCAAGUGAAGGUGGUGAGGGGUAUUCGAGAAAAGUUUCCACAACUCAGUCCUGUGACCAGCCUAGCUUAAGUGAUUCAGCACCACCAUUACCGGAACGCCCGCAAGAUCUUGGGUUGGUAACAUUCAGGCAACCAUCCUUUGGCGGUACACCAAUUGUGGGAUCGAAAUCACCAUACAUGAGAACAUACUCAGCCAGGAACAGUUUAGAUGACUCCGAAAAACGCUUCAACGAUGCUUAUCGUCCCCUGAGUCCCACUGUUUACCGAGCUCCUCUCACCUUCACAAAGCAAAUCGACACUUGAAUAAACGAUUCUAGUUUCAACUGAUUGUCGAGACCCACCGUUGUUCAGACUCACUCUGUUUCAAUAACUGCUUCGUUGCUCUGUCAUUCAAAAGAGAACUACUGUCAACAGAGAACUUAAAGCCAAUGCCCAUUCACUUUUUAAAAGGGCCGUUAGCCCCGUGUACGCCAGUUGAGUUUCUACAUCUCCCUAAUCAUUGCUGUUAUUUGCACUGGUAAAACCGAUGUAUUUUCUCCAAGUUUCAUUUCAAUCUUUCUUACUUAUAUGGGCU